GGAUCAAAGAAAGAAAUGUUGAAGCAAGUUCCUGACAAUGGAAGAACCAACAUCGCCAAUAUUGAUCAUCUGGAUAAGAAGCAGCUUAUGGAGAGUGUACUAAAAAUUGUCGAAGAAGAUAAUGAGACUUUUCUUCGCCGUCUUCGAGAAAGAACUGAUAGGGUUGGGAUUGAAACGCCAAAGAUUGAAGUUCGUUACAAGAAUCUAUCGAUUGAAGGAGAUGUAUUCAUAGGGUCGAGGGCACUUCCAACAUUGUUCAAUGCCACCCUUAAUGCCAUAGAGGGAUUUCUCCAAGUCAUUAGGCUUGUUCCAUCCAACAAAGAAGUUCUUAAAAUAUUGCAAGAUGUGAGUGGAAUCGUUAGACCAUCGAGGAUGACACUGCUUCUUGGACCUCCAAGCUCUGGGAAAACGACCUUUCUGAAGACACUUGCUGGAGUACAUGAAAAGGAUCUAACAUUAAAAGGAGAAGUUACUUACUGUGGACAUAAAAUGUCCGAGUUCAUUCCUCAGAGAACUUGCGCAUAUAUCAGCCAACACGAUGUCCACCAUGGUGAGAUGACUGUUAGAGAGACGUUUGAUUUUGCUGGACGUUGCCUUGGUGUAGGAACAAGAUACGACCUUUUGGCUGAACUUGUGAGACGCGAGAAAAUAGCAGGGAUUACACCAGACCCUGAUAUCGAUGCUUUCAUGAAAGCCACAGCAAUGGCUUGUCAAGAAUCAAGUGUUGUUACAGACUAUGUUCUCAAGAUACUUGGAUUAGACAUAUGUGCGGAUAUCAUGGUAGGUAAUGAGAUGCGAAGAGGAAUCUCUGGUGGCCAGAAGAAACGUGUCACUACUGGAGAAAUGCUGGUAGGACCUGCGAAAGUAUUUUUCAUGGAUGAAAUUUCGACUGGUUUGGAUAGUUCAACUACUUAUCAGAUUGUUACGUAUAUGAAACAAAUGGUUCAUAUCAUGGAUAUGACCAUGAUUGUCUCGCUUCUGCAGCCUUCACCUGAAACAUUCGAGUUAUUCGAUGACAUUAUACUCCUUUCAGAAGGUCAAAUUGUGUAUCAAGGCCCACGUGUAUAUGUUCUUGAGUUCUUUGAAAAUGUGGGAUUCAAAUGUCCAGAAAGGAAAGGAGUAGCAGAUUUUUUACAAGAGGUUACUUCAAGAAAAGAUCAAGAACAGUACUGGUUCAAGAAAGAUGAACCCUAUCGCUUCAUCUCUGCACCUGAAUUCGCUCAUCUAUUCAGUCGUUCUUUACUUGGAGAGGCUCUUUCUCAUGAUCUUGAAAGUAAUUACGAGAAAACCAGUGUGCAUCCCGCUGCUUUAGUGAAAGAAAAGUAUGGUAUAUCAAAUUUCGACCUUCUAAGAGUGAAUUUAGCGAGAGAAUGGUUGCUAAUGAAGCGCAACGCCUUCUUGUACAUUUUUAAAACAUUUCAGAUUACAGUCAUGUCGAUUUUUGCAUUCACUGUGUUCUUUAGAACAACGAUGAAAAGUGGUCAGCUUAAAGAUGGUGGAAAAUAUAUGGGAGCAUUGUUCUUUAGUCUCCUUACUGUGAUGUUUAAUGGUGCUGCUGAGCUGGCGCUAACUGUUAUGAGGCUUCCUGUCUUCUUCAAACAAAGAGAUUCUUUGUUUUACCCUGCAUGGGCAUUCGCCCUCCCUAUUUGGCUUUUGAAGAUUCCAAUAUCAGUCGUGGAGUCUUGCAUAUGGAUUCUUAUGACAUAUUACACCAUUGGGUUUGCUCCUUCAGUUAGCAGGUUUUUUAAACAACUUUUGGCUUAUAUCUGCGUACACCAAAUGGCUUUGUGUCUCUUUCGAUUUCUUGCUUCACUUGGGAGAAUACAGGUGGUUGCUAGUGCUCUUGGUACCUUUACACUGCUAUUAGUUUUUGUAUUCGGUGGAUUCAUCGUAGCAAAAGAUGACAUUGAGCCAUGGAUGAUAUGGGGCUAUUACGCUUCACCCAUGAUGUAUGGACAGAAUGCCAUCAUGCUCAAUGAGUUUUUAGACGAUAGAUGGAACACUCCGAAUCCUGACCCACGAAUCAAUGAACCUACAGUAGGCAAGGUUCUUCUUAGUUCAAGAGGCAUGUUCAUGAAUGAUUAUAUGUUUUGGGUUUGUGUUGGUGCACUCUGUGCGUAUUCACUGAUCUUUACUAUCUUCUUCAUUUUAGCACUCACUUACUUGAAUCCUCUUAAAGAUUCAAAAACUGUUGUUCCAACUGAAGAUGAAGAAAUUCAGCUCCCAACAUCACCCACAGAUCAAGGAAGGAAGGCAAAUGGGUCUAAAAGGAAAGGAAUGGUGCUUCCAUUUAAGCCAUUGUCACUUGCAUUUAAUCAUGUCAAUUACUAUGUAGAUAUGCCUGCAGAAAUGAAAACUCAAGGACUUGAGGAUGAUCAUCUACAACUUCUACGAGAUGUAAGUGGUGUCUUUAGACCUGGUAUUUUGACAGCUUUAGUUGGUGUUAGUGGUGCUGGAAAGACUACUUUGAUGGAUGUUUUAGCCGGAAGAAAGACUGGUGGCUACAUCGAAGGGAAUAUCAGCAUUUCCGGCUACCCUAAGAAUCAAGCAACAUUUGCUCGUGUGAGUGGAUAUUGUGAACAAAAUGAUAUCCAUUCUCCACACGUUACAGUUUAUGAAUCUCUCGUGUAUUCUGCAUGGCUACGUCUCCCUCCAGAUGUAACUCAUGAAUCACGACACAUGUUUGUGGAGGAAGUUAUGAAUUUGAUCGAGUUAAAUUCUGUAAGGAAUUCGCUAGUCGGGCUUCCAGGUGUAGAUGGUCUCUCGACUGAACAAAGAAAGAGACUCACAAUAGCCGUUGAGUUGGUUGCUAAUCCUUGCAUUAUCUUCAUGGACGAGCCCACAUCAGGGCUCGAUGCAAGGGCUGCAGCCAUUGUCAUGCGAACAGUCAGGAACACGGUUGAUACGGGUAGAACAGUUGUCUGCACGAUUCACCAACCAAGCAUCGACAUUUUUGAAGCGUUUGAUGAGCUUUUGUUGAUGAAAAGAGGGGGUCAGGUUAUUUACGCUGGACCUCUCGGACACCAUUCUGACCUACUAAUCGAAUACUUCCAAUCAAUUCCAGGGGUUACCGAGAUAAAAGAUGGUCAAAAUCCAGCGACAUGGAUGCUUGAUGUCAGUUCUUCCAUGGUUGAAGCUCAUCUUGGUAUUGAUUUUGCAACAACCUAUGCUAAUUCAGAACUGUAUAGGAGGAACCAGGAGCUCAUAAAGGAGCUGAGCACACCAGCACCAGGAUCCCGAGACCUCCAUUUUAAGACAAAGUACUCACAAUCGUUUUUCACACAAUACAAAGCCUGUUUUUGGAAACAACGUUUGUCUUACUGGAGACAUCCACAAUACAAUGUUGUUCGGUUCUUGAUGACAAUGAUAAUUGGGAUUAUUUUCGGGAUAAUCUUCUGGAACAAAGGCCAACAAACGAGUCGGCAACAAGAUCUGAUGAACAUGUUGGGAGCAAUGUAUGCUGCUGUCAUGUUUCUUGGAGGAACCAAUACUUCUUCUGUACAAGCUGUGGUAUCCAUUGAAAGAACCGUUUUCUAUCGUGAAAAAGCUGCAGGGAUGUAUUCACCACUCCCAUAUGCAUUUGCUCAGGUUGCAAUCGAGGUGAUUUAUGUUUGCAUUCAAACGUUCAUUUACAGUCUUCUACUUUUCUUGAUGAUUGGAUUCGCAUGGUCAGCUAGAAAGUUCUUCUGGUUCUACUUCUUUGUGUGUAUGUGCUUCACUUACUUCACAUUAUAUGGGAUGAUGCUUGUAGCCCUCACUCCAAACUACCACAUUGCUGCCAUUACCAUGUCCUUCUUCCUCAGUUUCUGGAACUUGUUCUCUGGCUUCCUAAUCCCUAGAACACAAAUUCCGAUAUGGUGGAGGUGGUAUUACUGGGGUUCUCCAGUGGCUUGGACAUUGUAUGGGCUUAUUACAUCUCAAGUUGGUGAAAAUGAGAACCUUGUUGAAGUUCCUGGAGCUGAUUCCAUGUCUGUGAAGGCGUUCAUCAAGAGUUUCUUGGGAUAUGAUUAUGAUUUUCUUCCUUAUGUUGCAAUGGCUCAUGUUCUUUGGGUUGUUCUCUUCUUUAUUGUCUUUGCUUGUGGAAUCAAAUUUCUUAAUUUUCAAAAACGAUAGAUAUGAAAGAGUGUUUCCUUUGCAAAAUAUGUGUACCGGAUUUUGUUAGAGUAUUAAUAGAGGUUUUUGUAUCUUUGUUUUUUU